AGCUCAACCAAGAGAAAUACGAUGCUGAUGACAACGUGAAGAUCAUCUGCCUAGGGGACAGCGCUGUGGGCAAGUCCAAGUACAGGUGCCUUCUUGGAGGAGCUCCCCAAGAUGAAGCAGAGUGGAAGGAAAUGAGGACUGACUGUGGUCGGCCUGGAGAUUGGCUGACUCUUAACUGACUCCACUGCCCCUGUGCAGUUUGGGACUCCCCACCUGGAGCACAUGGUCUCUCAAGGCAGUAUCGAAGCACAGCCCUCUGGACCUCUGGCGGCAGUAAUUUCACUGGGAGAUUUUCCUACUUCCGUACUUAUGGAGAGGUUUCUCAUGGACGGAUUGUAUCCUUCAAGGUUUGCGGUGUUCUGUGUUCCUGUGGUCCUUCCCCCCUCAUGCCAACUCAACCUCACUGUUCACCCCUUCAUUCCAGUGGUCCAGGGAGGAGGGAUAGACUUUUGGGACACAGCAGGCCAGGAGCGGUUCCAGAGCAUGCACGCCUCCUACUACCACAAGGCCCACGCUUGCAUCAUGGUGUUUGAUGUGCAGAGGAAAGUAACCUACAAGAACCUGAGCACUUGGUAUACAGAGCUUCGGGAGUUCAGGCCAGAGAUCCCAUGCAUCGUGGUGGCCAAUAAAAUUGAUGCAGACAUAAAGAUGACCCAAAAGAGCUUCAAUUUUGCCAGGAAGUUCUCCCUUCCCCUGUACUUUGUCUCAGCGGCUGAUGGUACCAAUGUCGUGAAGCUCUUCAAUGAUGCGAUUCGAUUAGCUGUGUCUUACAAACACAACUCCCGGGACUUCAUGGAUGAGGUUUUGCAGGAGCUUGAGAACUUUGAUUUGGAGCAGAAGGAGGAGGAAGUGCCAGACCGAGUGCAGCGUGGCAACAUCGAGAGCCCCUCCCCUUCCUGAGUCAGAGAAGGAAGCCUCUCUCCUCGUGGACUUUGGGGAGGGGGGUGGUAUCUUUCAGAAUACCCUCCCCUCAGCAACCCUCCAGCUAUGAAUUGAAAAAUUCUUGCAGGCCAUCCCCCUGUCUACCUCCUGCAAGCCCACCCAUUCCACUGGCCUGCCCUACUUCCACGGCCCACAGUUCCUGACCCUUCCACAGCUGUCCUUUUCCCUGGACUCGGACCGGGACAGGGUCUGCACCAGCAAGCACCCUGGACAGGUGUGAGAGAUCCACAGCAGACCCUGAAGCAGAAUUAGAGAUCAGUAGCCUCAGCCUCCCCAGGUUGUGUGGAAGCAGGGAAGACCUUCGGGAAACAUGCUUUGUGUCUCUCAAAUAAAAGGAAAUUGGGGUGUUUUCUCUCCCAGAACCGACCUCAGGGCCUAUUCAUUGCUUUUCCACCAAGGGAAUGAUUUCUAAUCCCUGACGGCCCCUAUUCCCACCCGUACAGAUUUGGGGCGGGGGGGGCCUCAAUUCUUUUUCCUCUUUAGUCUCCCAACCAACUUUUUUUCAGAAAUGGUUUUGAGCAGACAGCUGUUCCUGUCACGGGACAGGUUUACCAUUACAACCCAGGGAAACAGGUCACAAGUCCUGCCACCCUUAGCUGUUCUGCAAAGCACGUGCAUUUGGGUUCUAAGAAGAGCUUCCCUUUAAAGCCCCUGUUCCAGCCGAUGAUGCUUUCCUGCCUUUUUUGGAGGACUGUUGUGGUAUUGCCCUGUGGGGUAGGGAGAGGGGCCGCCCUGCUGCCUUUCCCACUUCUCUCCAGGACUUGUAGUUCACUGGUGUGUUUGUAUGAUCAUCUUGUGCAUCAUCAUUUCCACUGUUUUCAUAUUUACAGUAAAGUUUGAA